AAAGUGGAAGGAGAUGACAACCAUCGAGUCAUAAGCUUUUUGCUCUCUCUCCAUCAAUAUCCCUGUGCUUGUUAACUCGGCUACCCUCGUCGUGCUGCUCCCUGUAAGACAUCCAUCCGUAGCUCAGCUCAAAUACAUCAACAUCCAACAGCUUUCCGGCGACCAUGCCCAUGUUUCACUCGCCCUGCCUCCCCACCCAAAGCCGGUCCAAUCCCCACCACCGACCCCGGCUCACCGCCAGCCGGAUUCGAGAAAGCCUGACGACCCGGUUCACCAAGUGCGUCUGCUCCCUUCUCCUCACCCUCCUCCUCAUCGUCGGCAUCGUCGUCUUCGUCCUCUGGCUCAACCUCCGUCCUCACCGACCCCAUCUGCACAUCGCCGAGUUCGCGGCCCCCGGCCUCGCCGACCCGGCCGGUCUGUCCGACUCGGUCAUUUCAUUCAACAUCACGGACCGGAACCCGAACCAGAAGAUCGGCAUCUACUACGACGCCAUGGUCGGCUCGGUCUACUACAGGGAUCGGCUGGUGGGGUCCGGACAGGUGAUGUUUCCGUUCUACCAACCGCCGAAGAACACGACGGCGAUCACGGGGCAGAUGGCGGGGGCGCGAAUCGCCGCCGGGGGCACCUUGGCGGCUCAAUUGGCGGGGGACGUGGCGAGGGGGCGGAUCGCGCUGCGGUUCGAGCUCGGCUCGACCAUCCGGUUCAAGGUGAAGGCGUGGGACACCCACCAACACCAUUUGCAUGUGGAGUGCGACGUGGUCGUGGGCUCCGACGGCGGUGCUCUGCCGGAGUCCAAGAACAAGAGGUGCCCCAUCUACUUCAUUUGAAACCUCGCCAUCGUUUCUUCUUUCCAUGCUUCAUUUCUGGUUUG